CACCCAACCCCGCCUAUUUCUUGUCUGUUUUGUCUUGUUUUCAAAGCCAACUAACAUUAACAUCACAAUCACACUCCCCCCUCUCUAUCUCUCUCUCUCGCCGAAGAGAAGAGAAAGAAGCCUCUGUAUAACCUCAGUGAGCUGCCGGCGAGGAAAAUCUCGCCGGGAAUUCGCACUAACACUGUCGGAAUCUUCAUAGCUUUCGAUUUAAAGCUCUGUAUCGCUGGCUUCGGAGAAGAAAACAAAAACGGUGCAAUGAACACUGGACGGAGCCAGAAAGUUGGAUAAUAACGAGCUUUUGCUAGAGCUUUUGAAAAUUUUGGGUGUCUAAAGCCACGCCAUGCUGUUUGACGUUAUGGAUCAGAGGAGUGGAACUGCGUCGUCCCAUUUUUUUGAGGACAUCUGGCUACCGGCUGAGGUAUUUGAAGCCACCUAUAGUAUACAAACUGGGUUUUGGAAGCCGCAUUCAAUGCCUGAUCACCAAAUAGGGAAAGAUGGAAUGGCACACCCUACUAGCAGCAAGUUGGUUGCUUCAUCGCCUUUGGAAAAAUUUUCACCAGGUAGAGCACAGCCAGAGUCGAUGCUUGCCAUGGAUCAAAAGGACAAGCUAUCCAUUGGUGAAGGAAGUGCUAUUAUGAUGAAGACUUCUUGGAAUUCUAUGGAUCAUCAUGCAAAAUCAUGGUCAAGUUUGUCCGUGCAUCCUUCAUCUUAUGGUUUUGAUGGAACUAGGGCUGGCAUUAGCACGACUCAGUGGGAAAGCAGUCUGUUCUCAAGCUCAUUCUCUGAUGCAUUUAGUGGAAAGUUGAGGUUAUUAGAUAAUGAUGUUAAGUCACAUCAACCUGCCAAAACUGUUGCUUCACCCUAUGAGGAAGAUGAGUCUUUUGAAUCUCUUAAAGAACUUGAGGCUCAUGCCAUUGGAAAUCUCCUUCCUGCGGAAGAUGAUCUGUUUUCUGGAGUGACUGAUGAGUUGGGAUAUAAUGCUUAUGGCAAUAGCAGGGAUGAUUUAGAAGACUUUGACCUGUUUAUCACUGGUGGAGGCAUGGAAUUAGAAGGUGAUGAUCAUCCGAGUGUUGGUCAGCGGAAUUCUGAUUUUGUUGGGGGAGUUAACAAUGGUCAAGGGGUUUCCAAUGGUUCAAUUGUUGGUGAACAUCCUUAUGGUGAACACCCUUCUAGAACACUAUUUGUCAGAAACAUCAAUAGCAAUGUUGAAGAUACUGAGCUCAAGGCUCUUUUUGAGCAAUAUGGAGAUAUUCGGACGCUUUAUACAGCCUGCAAGCAUCGUGGUUUUGUUAUGAUAUCUUACUAUGACAUUAGGGCUGCCCGAAAUGCAAUGAGAUCUCUUCAGAAUAAGCCACUGAGGCGUAGGAAACUUGACAUACAUUACUCAAUUCCGAAGGACAAUCCAUCUGAGAAAGAUAUUAACCAGGGCACUCUUGUGAUUUUCAAUCUUGAUUCUUCUGUUUCAACUGAAGAGCUACACAAGAUAUUUGGAGCUUAUGGAGAAAUUAAAGAAAUCCGUGAGACCCCACACAAGCGCCAUCACAAGUUCAUAGAGUAUUAUGAUAUUAGAGCUGCAGAAGCAGCUUUGUCUGCAUUAAAUAGGAGUGACAUUGCUGGGAAGCAGAUCAAGCUUGAACCAAGCCGUCCUGGGGGUACAAGACGCUUGGUGCCAAAGCCUGAGCAGGAGCAGGAAGAACCCAAUCUUUGUCAAAGCCCUUUUGAUGACUCAUCAGCUGGACGAUUAGCAGCAUUUUCUCCUGGAGUAAUUGCAUCUAGCUGCAUGGACAAUGGAUCAACCCAAGUUUUACCUUCUGCUAUUCAGUCACCUAUGGGUUCAUUUAUUGAAUCACAUCAAAGUUCUAGUGUUCCAAAUAACUUACCCUCUCCAAUAGUGGGAUCUGUUGGAAAACAAGUUGGUCUUCAUGAAUCUAACCACUCCAUGGAUGAAAUAAUCUUUGGUAACCAAUGCGUUCAAAGUCUACAUCCUCACUCCUUGCCAGAGUAUCACGGUAGCUUAGCCCAUGGUAUUCCAUAUAACUCCUCAAGCACUGUUGGAGGCAUGGCUCACAGUGUUGGUUCCAAAUUGAGUGAUGGAAUCAACAGCAGGCCCAUUCAAGGAGUAGGUUCAAAUGGGCACCUGAUGGAAUUCGGUGGAGGGGUUUUUGGAUCUUCUGGAAAUGGAAGUGCCUCUCUUCCAGGAAAUCAUUAUAUAUGGAGCAAUUCCAACUCAGGCCAGCAACAUCAUGGAAAUCGUAUGAUUUGGCCAAAUUCACCAUCAUUUGCCAAUGGUGUUCAUGCUCAUCAUCUUUCACAUAUGCCUGGACUUCCUCGGACACCUCCAGUUAUGCUCAACACAUUACCUGCUCAUCAUCACAUAGGAUCUGCUCCAGCUGUCAAUCCUUCCUUGUGGGACAAGCGACAUGCUUAUUCUGGGGAGUCUCCAGACUCUUCUAGUUUCCAUCUGGGUCCUCUUGGGAGUGUGGGUUUUCCUGGUGGCUCUCCACCACAUCCUAUGGACAUUGCUUCACUCAACAUUUUCUCUCAUGUUGGUGGAAAUUGUAUGGAUGUGACUAAAAAUGCGGGACUGCACACUGGUCAUCCGAUGUGCCACAUUUUCCCUGGGAGGAACCCUAUGAUCUCGAUGCCAGCCCCUUUUGAUUCUUCUAAUGAACGUGUGAGAAAUCUCUCACAUCGUAGAAUGGAAUCAAAUACCAAUCAUUCAGAUAAGAAACAAUACGAACUUGAUAUUGACCACAUAUUGCAUGGUGAAGAUAGUCGAACCACAUUGAUGAUAAAGAACAUUCCAAACAAAUAUACUUCUAAGAUGUUAUUGGCUGCAAUUGACGAGCAUUGUCGAGGAACUUAUGACUUUAUUUACUUACCAAUUGAUUUCAAGAACAAGUGCAAUGUGGGCUAUGCAUUCAUUAACAUGACUGAUCCUCAACAGAUUAUUCCAUUCCACAAGGCAUUCAAUGGCAAAAAAUGGGAGAAGUUCAACAGUGAAAAGGUGGCAUCUCUUGCAUAUGCUCGAAUUCAAGGAAAAGCUGCUCUUAUUGCUCAUUUUCAGAACUCAAGUUUGAUGAAUGAGGACAGACGCUGUCGCCCUAUCCUCUUUCAUACUGAUGGUCCAAAUGCUGGUGAUCCGGAGCCCUUCCCUAUGGGCACCAAUAUUCGAUCAAGAUUGGGAAAACCUCGAACCAGUGGCAGCGAGGAGAACCAGCAUCAAGGGAACCCUUCUACUUCAGCAAAUGGGGAGGAUUCGUCCAAUGGAACAGACUCAUCAUCAGGUUCUGCAUAAGCAGUAUGCUUCCUUCAAGGCACUAACUCUAAAAUCCUGUAAGAGUACAGAGAACCAUCUCCACCCCAAUUCUGUAAAUUACGGGUGGCCUGACAACUCUUUUUCGACUGUAAAGAAGCUCAUUUACGAGUUCUGGGUGCCAAAUGCACAUUCAGAGUCUAUGUGGGAAAAAUCAAAAAUUCCUGUGCCCAUAAAAAUAAGUUUCUUAUCUAGGCCAACUACGAGUAUAGAGAAUGACUGCACAGGCUUCAAAUUUUGGUUAGUUCGUGACUAAACAAUGUUACGAUGUACAGAAGUUCCUCCCUUGUUCACAGACGCAGGAGGUAUCUUUUGUCUUGUCGUUUUUGGUUUUGUAUCACUUUAUCUUGUAAUUUAAAAUUUCCCUCGUGGGGGUGAUUGUUUCGGUUCGGUUCAAUUUUUGUAUUUUUGUUUUGUAGAAAUUUUUGAAAUGCUCUUCUCUGCUGUAACCAAUACUAUUUAAUAUUUAUUACUUUUCAUAUA